CUAUAUUUUGUGAAAAGGAAGAGACUUAAAAGCCAACUUUCUCCAAAAUGUCAUACAGACAAGGUCUAGAGAAAUACCGAGAUCUGGAUGAAGAUCAGAUCCUUGGAGCACUGACAGAAGAGGAAAUUAAGAUGCUAGAGGAUGAGCUAGUAGACCUAGAUCCAGAUAAUGCAAUAUUACCUGCAGGAAUGAGACAGAAAGAUCAGACCAAGAAAACACCCACAGGCCCUUUUAAUAGAGAUGUUCUUCUGGCACAUUUGGAGCAGCAGGCAAAUGCUACUAAAGACCGAGAUGAUCUGGUUCCCUUCACAGGAGAGAAAAGAGGAAAAAUCUGGGUGCCCAAGCAGAAAGCUAUUGAUCCUGUUUUGGAAAGUGUAACUCUGGAACCAGAACUGGAGGAAGCCCUGGCAAAUGCUUCAGAUGCUGAGCUCUGUGACAUUGCUGCUAUUCUUGGCAUGCAUACGUUGAUGAGUAACCAACAAUAUUAUGAAGCGCGGGGGACUACAACUAUAGUCAACAAAGAAGGAUUGGACAGUAUAAUCAAGCCCACCCAGUAUAAACCAGUUCCUGAUGAACCAAAUUCAACCAAUGUAGAAGAAACUUUGGAACGAGUAAAAAACAAUGAUCCAGAGCUUGAGGAAAUCAAUCUCAAUAAUAUUAAGGAUAUUCCUGUACCUAUUUUGAAAGCCUACGCUGAAGCUCUGAAGAAUAAUACCUACGUGAAAAAGUUCAGCAUAGUAGGAACAAGAAGCAAUGACCCUGUUGCUUUUGCACUGGCAGAAAUGUUAAAAGUAAACAACGUGAUGAAGAGCUUAAAUGUGGAAUCAAAUUUCAUUACUGGAUCUGGAAUCCUGGCCCUGAUAGAAGCACUGCAGUACAACACAACACUAAUUGAACUCAAAAUUGACAACCAGUGCCAACUUUUGGGCAACAAGGUAGAAAUGGAAAUUGCCAGUAUGUUAGAAAAAAACACCUCUCUCUUGAAGUUUGGUUAUAACUUCACUCAACAAGGACCCAGACUUCGGGCAUCCAAUGCCAUGAUGAACAACAAUGACCUUGCUCGUAUACAUCGAUGUGACGGUCCCUGGCAUUACACCUCAGCCCUGGAACUGGAAGAUGUCUAAUGAGAAAAAGACGACUUGCAGACCUGACUGGACCCAUCUUUCCCAAGUGUCGAACUGGGGUGUAGUUUUGGUUGUGGAGAUGUGUCAGCUAGCUUGCACUGGUUUAUGAAGGCUUAUGGAAGCAGAGCAACUGGGCAGUGAAUUUCCGGGGCUUGUUUUUCAUAUGACACCCAUGCAUAUGGAAGAUUUAAAUUAAAUAGUUAUUAUAGGCAAA